AUGCAGUUCGGCGCAACCCUUGGAACUGCAUGCAGUACAUUUGCCAUCACCAACAUUGACGACAUCUUCAUUUUGGUCACCUUUUUCGCCGAGUCAUCCACCAGUACCACAUUGACGCCCCUCAAGAUCACGAUUGGGCAAUAUGUUGGGUUCACUGUCAUCAUGGUCAUCUCCAUGGUCGGGUUCGGCGCUUCACUAGCCCUUCCGUCUGAACCAAUUGGCUUCCUUGGUCUACUACCAGGUUUGCUCGGAAUCUGGAAGCUUCUCGAGUUGGCCAUUCCUUACGAGGAGGAAGAAGAGGAAGAGGUUCCAAGUUUUUCUAGUACCAAGAGUGUCUUGAAGGUUGCGACAAUCACAUUGAUAAACGGAGGAGACAACAUAGGAACUUAUAUCCCUCUCUUUUCACAAGCCAAAGGUGUUGAGAUAGCUGUGUACGUUGUCACAUACUACAUCCUGCUGGGGCUAUUAUGUCUUGUUGCAUAUCUGGUGAUAAAGCAGAAGCAUAUCCUCAGAGUCGCUGAGAAAUAUGCACAGCUGGUGAUACCUUUUUUAUAUAUGGGCAUAUGCAUCUUCAUCAUCGUUGAAUCCGAAUGUUACCCAUGGUCCAUUGAACGGAUCGACGAUUCAAUAUCAUCACACCCGGGAAAAGCCAUUCUUGCGGCUGUGACGGUGUCUGUUGUCUUGCUCUGCGGAGGCGUCUUGUUGUGGCAUCGCCUGCGAAAAAAGAACCGGCUAGCAAUCAACAUCGACGAGUCACCACAAUCUCCAACAACAGAGGCAGCCCAGCAAUUCCCGGAGCAUAGUGAAGGACUGGAGUCAUCAAAUGAGACGAGAAGAGAAGAUGGCGUGGACAUUUCGGAGGAACCAGAAUCAAGUAUUAACGGGCGGAAAGGGUCAAAGUAA